GCCGGCUCCGUGCUUAACUCAUCUUUUUUCUUGAAGCAGUCAUGCCCGUCCGAACCCCCGCAGUUUGUAAACUGAUGAUCAAUGUCCCUGCCUGUCCGCAUCCCUGCGCUUGAUUUCUAUAUCUGAUUACCUAUCCUUAUCUUCUUUGGUGUCGAACUUCACGUACAAAAUCUGCUGUCACCAAUCCCUUCCACGGUCCUUACCUUGGUUGCCAGCUUUUCCUCGCGGCAGCAGGAGGAACACAUACUCAAGAUGGGGGCAGGCGCAUUCCUUGAGCCGCUGGUAGUGGUGGGAUUGCUCUUUGGUGGCGCGUGGAUCAAUCGAACCACUGACUACACGUUUUCUGCGAAGAAGACUCGUUGGGAUGAACGUUUGCCCGAGGCCCAACGAAUUGAAACCGACGUGGACCUUGACAUCGAAGAAGCCCGUCUCUCACAAACCAAGAGAUCCCUGUCGCCGUCUCUACUACCUUCGCAGGAGAACAAAUGGCGCGAAAGAGAGAUCAGAAUCCUGGGAUAUCGCAAAGUCAUCGAGACACCCAAUACCGCUGUCUUCCGCAACCGCCUGCUCAGCAGACUUCUACACAAGUUUCCCUUCCUGGUCGAAACAUGGUACUGGGCGCUUAUUUACUGGGUCUACCAACUCGGUCGAGCAUUCACGGCCGUCACCCUCGUUCAAGGUACAGUCCACGUUGCGCGCCGACAUGCGCUUGAAGUCAUUGAAUGGGAGAAACGCCUGCACAUCUUCUGGGAGAUCCCUAUCCAGAAAUUCUUCAUGUCCUAUCCACGGCUGAUGAUGUACAUCAACUGGUUAUACUCGUUCAUCCACAUCCCCGGCACCAUCGCAUUCCUGGUCUGGCUGUAUUACUACACCAUCACGAACAACCGCCUUGUUCAACACAGGGGGAGUCGUCCGCUGACUGGUGGACAAGGUGGUCCAGGCUCGCCACCUGGACCGUGGCUGUACGAAGCGCGAAGGCGGACCAUGGCUAUCUGCAAUCUGCUCGCAUUUGUGGUGUUCACGCUCUGGCCGUGCAUGCCGCCAAGGUUACUCAGUGAUCCGGAGUACAACGGUCCACAGGCUGAAUUGGCAAAGAGUUAUGGGUUCGUUGAUACAGUGCAUGGCAAGGACGGCGCGAGUAGCGUCUGGACGCAGAACAAAUUCUGCAAUCAAUAUGCUGCAAUGCCAUCCCUGCACUUCGGCUAUUCCUUACUGGUUGGCCUGACCAUCAUGACCAUUCCGUUAGCUCCUGAGCAUCGCCGCUCGAAAGCGAUUCACUUACCUCUGUUCAACAACUCGCAUCCUGAACUGGCGCCUCAGAUUCGCUUGCCCAGCACACGCCGGCUGGCUUGUCUGACCAUAGGCUUCAUGUACCCGUUCGCCAUCCUGGUCGCGAUCGUGUCGACGGCGAAUCAUUUCAUCCUGGACGCUGUCGCGGGUGCCUUAAUCUGUGGUAUCGGAUGGAAUACCAAUGGCGUGUUGUUGAACUUGUUGCCGCUGGAAGAUUGGUUCCUGUACGUGGUGAGGAUUCAUAAGCCUGUGCAGAUGCCGCUUGAGGAGACGAGGGCUUUCGUAUGGAAAGAGAAGAUCGAAGGAUGGGUGCCGGAAGGGCUGGUGGUGGUUAACAGAUGAGAUUGUUUCUCGUUACCCGUCAAGACGAUGUGUCGGACGUCCUGGAGCCCCUUACAACUCCGCAGAUUCUCGUUGUGAGCCACCAACGCUGAGAGCUGGCGAGGCUUGAAGGGCUACUUCUGCUCGACGAAGGACCGAUCUCUGCGCUACAGAGACUCGACCGACACCAGAGGUGCCCAUGUUUAUCCAUUGCUCUAUCUCACGAGCUUCCCUCAAAUGGCUCGAGGAUACAACGUCCGCCCAGAUCGGUAUUUGUGGCAGACGACCGGCAUGAGUUGGCUUAUGCAGGAGGAGUUCGCCAUCGGAGCUAUUUUGAUCUGCGAGACAGCCAAUCUAGACGACACAAUCCCGCUGCAGCUAGCCUUAAGCGUUGGUAACAACGUCAAUUGUUCCUGACAGAGCUGAGAGUGUCUCAAAACGAGGUUGGGAGAUUAAAUGUUCGAGGAUGGUGCUGCUGCUGCUGAUGAUGAUGAUGAUGAUGACAUUACGAAACUACUACGAACCUAUCCCUUGCAAUUGCAUUAUGGAUGGUGGUAGAGUAAGCAUGCAUUGCAUUAAAUUGCUUAGACAGUAUUUAAUCAAUCUCUCA